AUGGUCGGGAUUUCGUUUUUGAAGACUGUGCCAGUUCUGGCCGGCUGUGCCUAUGCCAGUGUCAAUUAUCCUUCAAUCCCGAAGGAUUUGACCACCCCAUUCCAACAGCGACUCGCAGUCUAUGGCCCCAACGCGGUGUCCGUUGGCUGGAACACAUAUGAGCAGCUGAACCAAACAUGUGUACAAUAUGGCUUGUCAGCAGACAACCUGAACAUCAAAGCCUGUUCAUCCUCGUCAACUACAUAUUCAACCUCCCGGACAUGGUCGAAUGUGGCCAUCUUAACAGGCCUGACUCCUGCGACAACAUACUAUUACAAGAUCGAGUCGACCAAUUCGACCGUAGACCACUUCCUCAGUCCUCGCACACCAGGUGAUAAGACAGCCUUUAACAUGGACGUCGUGAUCGACCUAGGCGUUUACGGAAAAGACGGCUUCACAACCUCAAGCAGGAAAAAGGAUACCAUCCCCGUCAUCGAACCAGAGCUUAACCACACUACAAUCGGCCGCCUCGCCGAAACAGUAGAUGAUUACGAGCUCGUCAUCCACCCAGGUGACUUCGCCUACGCCGAUGAUUGGUACCUCAAGUUUUCGAACAUUCUCGACGGCAAAGAAGCCUACGAGGCCAUCCUCGAACAAUUCUACGACCAACUCGCCCCCAUUGCCGGCCGCAAGCUAUACAUGGCCAGCCCGGGGAACCACGAAGCCGACUGCAGCGAGAUCCCGUACCUGAACAACCUCUGCCCAAAAGGACAGAAUAACUUCACGGAUUUCCUGCACCGUUUCGAGAAUACCAUGCCCCGCUCAUUCGCCUCCUUGUCAUCAAAUACCACCGCACAAGCCUUGGCGAGAAAGGCGCGCAGCCUGUCUAACCCGCCGUUCUGGUACUCGUUCGAGUACGGCAUGGCGCACGUCGUGAUGAUAAACACGGAAACCGACUUCCCCAAUGCACCAGACGGAAAAGAUGGUUCGGCCAAGUUGAAUGGUGGACCGUUUGGCUCGACGAAUCAGCAAAUCGAGUUCUUGAAGGCUGAUCUCGCAUCCGUCGAUCGCACAAUUACGCCGUGGUUGAUUGUCGCUGGACACCGGCCUUGGUACUCGACUGGUUCUUCGAACGUUUGUGAUUCGUGCCAGGAGGCUUUCGAAGGCUUGUUCUAUCAGUACGGCGUUGAUCUCGGCGUCUUUGGUCAUGUGCACAACUCGCAGCGUUUCCUGCCUGUGGUCAAUGGCACCGCUGAUCCUAAUGGGAUGAACAACCCCAAGGCGCCGAUGUACAUCGUUGCUGGUGGGGCUGGCAAUAUUGAGGGAUUGAGCGACGUUGGCUCUAAGCCUUCUUAUACGGAGUUUGCGUAUGCCGAUGACUAUAGCUAUAGUACGCUAAAGUUCUUGGACGCACAAAACUUGCAAGUUGACUUUUUGAGGUCUUCCACUGGGGAGGUUUUGGAUUCUAGUACUUUAUACAAGAAACAUGCCACGCAAUUUGUACAGCAGUGA